AUGGCAGAAAAAGAAAUGGUUGCAGGUCCAGGAGCAGCAGCCAUUUUGAUUCCUGUGACGACAAUGGUGCUGAAGGUGGACCUUCAGUGUCACAAAUGCUAUAAAAAGGUCAAAAAAGUUCUCUGCAAAUUCCCUCAAAUACAAGACCAGACAUACGACGAGAAGCAAAACCAGGUGGUCAUCAAAGUGGUAUGCUGCAGUCCAGAGAAGAUAAGGGACAAGAUAUGCUGCAAAGCGGGGGGAGCCAUCAAGUGCAUUCAGAUCAAACCACAGCCCGGACCACAAGGGCCGCCCGGGCCACAAGGGAAACAAGGGCCGCCCGGGCCAUCCGGGCCACAAGGACCGCCCGGGCCAUCCGGGCCACAAGGGCCACCCGGGCCAUCCGGGCCACAAGGGCCGCCUGGGCCACCUGGGCCACAAGGGCCAUCCGGGCCACCUGGGCCACCCGGGCCACAAUGCAAACCAACAUGUGUGCAUGUACCUGUAUGCCCACGGCCUUAUCCAGUGCACAGGAACGCGUGCUGUGUGGAUUGUUACCAUGGGCAUCCUGGUGGGCCAUGCGAGACUGGCUAUGGCGGAGCAGCCCCAUACAUCCAGUAUGAUGGUUACUGUGGAAGGCCUGUGUGCGGCAGUAUUGUGACUCAGCCCAAUACUAACUAUUGUGUUGCCCGCUCUGACUGUUUCAUUGAAGAAAAUCCCCAAGACUGCACAGUCAUGUGA